CUCACUUUUCUUAUGGCAAUCACAGCUGUGCAGGUAACAGUUGGUCUUCCUGCCAUCCGCCCAAAUUUACAUCGUCAAAAGAGAGAUUUCGUCCGCCGUGAAGACAAAGUCAAGCGCAUUAUUAACGGCGAGGCUGCAUCCGACGAGCUUACAUUUAUAGCUUAUAUUGAAAGCUACAAUCAAGAAAUCGGUUGGACGUCAUGCGCGGGUAAUUUAAUUGCGGAAAACGUGAUAGUAACCAGUAAUAAAUGUGUUUAUAUUCUGCCUACUGUGCAGUUUACCGCGGAACAGAUACAGGUUGAGUUUAUUCACAAUACUACUGAAUAUUUAGAUUUUCGUGGUACCGAUGUUGCCGAGAUCAUCGUACACCCUGACUUUAACUACCAAACUUGGGAGAAUGAUGUUGUUGUGCUCAUGCUUAAUAAGACUAUUCCUACCUCUGAAGGUACCCUAGCCAAAAUCUAUACUGGGGAAUACAACAUGGAUGUUAGCCCAAUAGUUGCUGGAUAUGGUAUUGUUCACGAUAAAGAUGGUAAUGAGUAUUCGGAUGUGCUUCUACAGGCAAAUUUUAAGAUUGGAACUACAGAGUAUUGUAAAGUAAAUAUGGAUUAUUUUAACCCUGAGUUCCAAAUUUGCACCGAUGAUUCAACAGGAUAUUCUGCCUGCUAUGAAGAUAAUGGCGGCCCUAUGAUUGUUCCUGUUGACAACCCUGAUGUCAAAUGUGCUCUCCUUGGGCACAGCAGCUUUUGGAAUCAAGACAAAAAUACUAACCCCAAAGGCAUUUGUGAGCUUCCCGGAGGAACUUCGUACUUUACCCGUCUGGGCCCAUAUGCCGAUUGGAUUGCCAAAGUUUCUGGUUUAGAAACUAUUAACUUUACUAUUAGCAACGUGACUGCUGCUCCAAUAGAGCAGAAAGUGUCACCCGUGGUAAAAUGUAAAAAAAAAGCCAAUGCAUGAGCAUGAGCUGAGGCCAUUUAAAGCCCAACCACGAGCCAUUUUUGGAUUGAAUUAAUGUAUUUUUGAGCAACUGUUAUAAUUUAAAUUAAUUCAAACAUUUUUUUGCUUUUAUAUAUAUAUCAUAUUAUUGUAGUUUUGUUUAUCU